UCUUUCAGUUUUCAGUGUGGAAAUGCUAAUGAGAUUAAACAAGGAAUACACAACAGAAUUGAAUAAUCCAUCGAGUGCUGUGUUCAAGAAUUUUAAAUCACAGAUUGAUUCAGUGUUACACGAGCAGUAUAAAGGAAUCCCAGGAUAUAUCAGUGGUUUUGUGACAAGAUUCAGUGAAGGAAGCGUAAUUACAGACUUUGUUGUAAAUACAACACACCUUGACUUUAAUAAACUGGCGGAAGAAAACGAAAAACUCCCAAAAACAAUGAAACCUGUUGCUCCUGUCAUUGGCUCAGUUUCUGCAUUUUACAAGAGUAAGUACAAUAGUAGUCAACAACCAUUUUGUUUAACUUUAAGGAAUUCCUGACUGUUCAAUUCUGCUUUAUCCAAAGGUCCAACUUCAAUCACAAUUCCAGACCUCACUUACACUGGUAACACCAUGUUCCUGAGGUGUGAGCCUCCAGACAAUUUUAAUCUGGGACCAAUUUCUAGUUCCAGUUGGAAAUUUAAAGGACGGGAAAUUAAAGAUGGUGAAAGGAUUGAAAUAACUACAUCUAACAAUCAGUCUAUGCUUAAAGUUAUCAACGUCAUUCCUGCAGAUAGAGGACUUUACAGUUGUACUCUGAGAAACAAAACAAUUAAUAUCAACCAAGAAGGAUUUGUAACGGAAACUCAAAUCAUACAAGCACCUGUUGUGCGACUACAGGGUGAAGUUAAUGUAAGAUGCCAAAAUGGACAGAUACAACCUCUUAAGUGUUGCGUGCAGCGCCCCUACACAGUCAAGUGGUUUCAAGGCAUAGUCCCGUUAAACUCGGUUCCUGUUACAGAUGGAAAAGCCAACUGCAUCAAGCAUGAUUAUAAACUAGAAAACUGCAGCGGAUCGCAAGAAGAUAAGAUAACUUUUAUAUGUAGGGUAGAUAACCCAUCAAGUUAUGAAAUGAAAAUGACGAUGACCAUUUUCAGAGACAAAUCAAAAUGCGAUGAUGCUCAGUAUGGGACUGGGCGAGUUGGUGACAGAUCAAGCAUAGGGUGUGAUGAAGGUCAAGAGGGGAGCAAGACUGCGGUAUGUCAGGAAACAGGAGAGUGGAAACUUGAGGUGGACACCUGCAUUGUAACACAAAUCAAGGAAUUACUCAUUGAUUCACAGGAUUUGGAUGUCGAGGAAGUGACACAAUUUGUAUUGAAUCUAAGUACAGUUGUCCACCAAGAAAAAACUGAAAUUGCAAAUUCAUCUGCAACCAUAUCAGCCAUUGUUGACAUUCUAAACACUAUUGCAAAUGUUUCGACUGCCGUCAAUAAAACAGUAAUGCAGAAUGUACUAGAGACUAUUGAUGUCCUCAUUAGUGAAGAUGCAAGAGACUCCUGGGUAAUUCUGAAUGCAAAUGAUUCCCGCAAUACCAGCUCAGCAUUAUUGGGUUCAAUGGAGACUCUUUCCAGUGACUUGGAUGGAGAGUUUGCCAUUGCAACUCAACGGAUCCUGCUCAACAGAACCACAUUUAACAACAACUUCAUGGCAGACCUGAACUCCAGCGUCGUCAUAGACAUUCCCAACACCAGCAUGAGCAACAUUUUUAUAACUACCAUCCUCCUAUCCACCCUAAAUAAUGUUAUGCCACCACGGAACUCCACCUUUGAUGUUACACUCUUCAACGCUAGCAGCAACGAAACUGCCAUCAAUGCAGUUGUGGUGCUUAUCAAAAUAAAUGCCACAGUUCAAAAAGUCCUCCUGAGAUACAACAAGCUGAACAGCUCCUUGACACUGAAUCCACAGUGCAUCUUCUGGAACUUCACACUCUUUGAUAAUUUUGGUGCUUGGGAUGAUGAGGGAUGUACUUUUGUUUCUGACAUAAACAACACAGUAACCUGCAGCUGUAACCAUCUCUCCUCCUUCUCAAUUCUGAUGGCAACGGACAUCCCUCCAUCACUAAGUGAAGCACUGGAUAUAAUCACUUACUUUGGGGUAGGGACAUCUCUGGCAAGCUUAGUUAUAUGUCUUCUUAUUGAAGGAUAUGUUUGGAAAGCUAUUACCAGAAAUAGCACUGCUUUCAUUCGUCAUGUUUCCUUAGUUAAUACCGCCCUGUCCCUGUUGAUUGCUGAUAUCUGUUUCAUCAUCGGUGCCUUUAUAGCUAAGAAUCCCCUUGAGAAUCCAGGGGAGGACUAUGAACUUCCACUUGGACUAUGUAGCACAGCAACAUUUUUUAUGCACUUUUUCUACCUUGCCCUUUUCUUCUGGAUGCUCGUGUCAGGCCUUCUGCUCUUUUACCGGACAGUCAUGGUCUUCUCUUACAUGUCCAAGUCAGCCAUGUUGGCCAUUGGUUUCUGUUUAGGCUAUGGCUGUCCUCUGAUUAUAGCUGUUAUCACUGUUGCUGUCACAGCACCAGGGAAUGGAUACAUCAGGAAAGACAAUGCUUGUUGGCUGAACUGGAUUGAGACAAAAGCCCUUCUGGCCUUGGUGAUACCGGCAUUGACCAUAGUUUUAAUCAAUAUCUUUAUUGUAAUUGUGGUCUUGUUCAAAAUGCUGAGAAGAGGUGUAGGUGAAUCUGCCCAAACAGAUGAAAAACAUACACUGGUGGUCAUUGCAAGAUGUGUGAUCAUUUUGACUCCUUUAUUUGGACUGACCUGGUCUUUGGGAGUGGGGACCAUGGUAUCAUCAACAAGUAAAGGACUCCAUAUUGCCUUUGCAUUCUUCAACUCAUUACAGGGUUUCUUAAUUUUAGUGUUUGGGACACUGCUCGAUUCAAAGACUCGUUCUAUCUUCUUCAGUAGAUUACCUUCAACAAGCACUGGCUCUAAUACGAAAAGAAGUACAAGUGCUGGUAUUUCUUCUUUAAGUGGAACCAAUUUGAUAAGUAGAAUACUUGGAAGAAUAAAUAUCUACCAUGUCUCACAAGCUGGAAGCUCAAGCAGUAGUGGUGCAUCACAGUCAUUUGUUAAUAUAUGAAUCAAUGCAACAAUCUGUAUAAUUAAAUGUGUUUCAUGAAUGAUUUAUAAGAUCCGUCAUGUAUGAGAAUUUUGGAUGCAUAAUCACAGACAUGGUCUUGUUGAAGUUCACUGAGAGGAUA